AUGCGAUAUUUCGGGCCCCUUCGCAAAAGGGGCCCGCCGCACUUUCUUCAUGGAUCUUUCGUAUAUAAAGGUCCAGAGCGCCAAGUAAAGCUGCUCUCCCUCCAUCGGCUCACAAAUUACAACUACCAUCCUGUAUUAAUGGAAACUAAUUUUUCUUUCGACUCAAAUUUAAUCGUUAUUGUCAUUAUCACGUUGUUUGCCACCAGAAUUAUCGCUAAAAGAUUUUUAUCUACCCCAAAAAUGGUAUCUCAAGAAACAAUUGCACACGUAAAGGACUUGAUUGGCCAAAAGGAGGUCUUCGUUGCGGCGAAGACAUACUGUCCUUACUGUAAAGCCACAUUGUCCACCUUGUUCCAGGAAUUGAACGUUCCUAAAUCCAAAGCCGUUGUUUUGGAGUUGGACGAAAUGAGCAAUGGUUCAGAAAUCCAGGAUGCUCUCGAAGAAAUUUCCGGCCAAAGAACUGUACCAAACGUUUACAUCAAUGGUAAGCACAUCGGUGGAAACAGCGAUUUGGAAGCUUUGAAGAAAAACGGUAAAUUGGCUGAAUUAUUGAAACCGGUUUUUGAAUAA